UCCCCCCUAGCUCCAUUGGGAAAGAAGAAAAUAAACCCACUGCUGCUAACCAGGCUAGUUAUGGAACCAAACACUAAAAACUCGUUUUUCCCUCUUUGACCAGCCAAAAGUCGGCUGCCCUUCAUACAGCGUUUUUACUCGGGAUAAAAGCACCUGCAGCGUUUAAUUGUUUGGACCGACUCUUUUUAUAAAGUAAAGUUGGAGAUGCCAGGAGAGGAUUUCAUUAGCUAGUGUAUCUGCGUGCUAGCCAAGUACGCUAACUGUAGCAUAGCCAAGAAUCACUGGAUGAACUUCGCAUGGUCCGACUGCUGCGAAUGGGAUAGUAGCCUGCUGUUUGACUGCAAGUUUUCCUUUGGGUUGGGUCUUUGUCACGGGAGUCUGUUUUACUUCAUGGACUCUAUCCAUCCGCAGCUCGAAGGUAGCAACUGCGUGCAAAUGUUGUUUUUGUGGCUUACGCCAUCACGUUAUUGAUCUUGAAAUCCAUUGGCAAGCUAACAGGAUAUUAGCCACCUCUCGCCACUUUGCUUUGUGGUUGCAGGCCAUGGACUAAAAAGCAUUCAUCAUUGACUGAGUGAUGGGAAGGCUGGCUUGAUGGCAGCUAAUUAUUUAUUGGGAGGCAGAAGUAGGAUACAACUCAACUGACUAAAGACGCCUUUGAACGUCGUCCCGAAACAUUUGAAUUGCUCCUUUUGUUUCCCUUUUUUCCUUUUUACUUGAAAAAUGCAUCAAAGAGCUGGAGCUUUUCCUAAGUUGGGAUAGGGGGAACGCACCAAAAAACAGCGGGAUUACAACUCUACCGCUGAUUAGUGGCCCUCGGAAGAAUUUUUCUCCUGUGAAUUCAAAUAAAAAGCGCUUAAAGUAUAAUGUCUACCGCAAAAGAAAACCCCUGUAGGAAAUUUCAGGCGAACUUCUUCAACAAAAGUAAAUGUCAGAACUGCUUCAAACCACGGGAGCUGCAUCUCCUGACUGACCAGGAUUUGACCCAGGCUAAACCUAUUUAUGGCGGAUGGCUGUGCUUGGCCCCUGAGGGAACAGACUUUGACAAUCCAAUGCAGAGAUCCCGGAAAUGGCAGCGGAGAUUCUUUGUGCUGUACGAACAUGGCUGUCUGCGCUUUGCUCUGGACGAGUCGCCAAGCACGCUGCCUCAGGGCACGGUGAACAUGAACCUCUGCACGGACGUCAUUGACGCCGAGCCCAAGACGGGCCAGAAAAACUCGCUGUGCAUCGUUACCCCCGAGCAGGAGUACUUCAUCAGAGGAGAGAAUAAAGAGAUCAUAAACGGGUGGAGCGAACAGUUGAUUGUAUACCCCCGAACCAACAAGCAGAACCAGAAGAAGAAACGUAAAGUGGAGCCUGCAACAUCUCAGGAACCGGGUCCGGCCAAGGUUGCAGUGACGGGCUCCGGUAUCCCUGAAGCCGAGAAGGUUCCAGACUCGAGCUCCAUCAUCUGGCAGGAGGAGCUAAACCAGAGGGAGGCUGAGGGGGCGGCAGUGUGGGCUGCCGUUGACCAGCCUUUAGGAUCACCGCUGCCCCCUGAAGGUGAGUGCGCGUCUGUGAGCCAGGGCUCUGAUGCAGGGUCGGUGAACGGCGAUGACGUGGAGCGAAGCAGCGUGCCGCUGCAUGGCUGCGUGCCCCAGCCCCCUACCGGUCUGCUCUCCCCAACGGGCUCCUGCUCCAGCUUGGGAGGGGUCCCACGCUGCAACUCCCCAGCACCCAGCGACCCCUUCCCCUCCGGCAGCUCCCUACUCUCAAACGGCUCUCAUAUCAGCGGCUCGGUCAGCUCGCUAGACUCGGAAGCCAGCGGCAGCACGGUCACCAGCACCGACAGCCACAGGGGCGGCCAUCAUGACCUACCACGCUCCCGGCGGAUGGAGGCCGAGGCCAGAAAAGCCGAGAAGAGGAGCCGGUUCAGGAGCCCCGAGAGGCAGGAGAAAGAAGCCGUCCUCAGCCCCGAGAGGAGUCGCUCCGGUGUUAUUGAGAAGUUGGAGGCCUUGGAGUUGGAGAAUCCAGAGAAAAUGGAGGUGGAGGAGUCGGGGAGGAGUGGAGCCAGACAGGGCCGGAGCGAGCACAGGCGCUUCCACAGAGAGGAGCAAAGGCAUGAUGUAGAUCAGGGUCUGGACUUUCCCUCCACCCUGCCCCCUCUGAGGAGAGCCAAGUCUUUGGACCGGAGGACGACCGAGUCGGUCAUGACGCCGGAUUUGCUGAACUUCAAGAAAGGAUGGAUGGUGAAGUUGGACGAGGAAGGCCAGUGGAAGAAGUACUGGUUCGUGUUGACGGAUCACAGCCUGAGAUACUACAAGGACUCAAUCGCAGAGGAGGCUUCGGACUUGGACGGUGAGAUCAACCUGUCCACCUGCUACAGCGUAACCGAAUACCAGGCUCAGAGAAACUAUGGCUUUCAGAUUCAUACCCAGGAAGGAAUUCACACUCUGUCGGCCAUGACCGCCGGCAUACGGAGGAACUGGAUCCAGGCGGUGAUGAAGAACGUCAGACCCUCCACCGCCCCUGAUGUGGCCAGCACCACUGAGGAUCACAUCCCUUUCCCCCCAUUGGAGGGUUUGGUCAGACCGGAUGUCGCUCAGGACUCUCCCUCCUCUGAGGCUUCAUCUGUAGAAAGAGAUUCUGCUGCUCCAGGCGUCAUAAAAAGCAGAGCACGCGAACGCAGACGAGAAGGCCGCUCGAAGACCUUCGACUGGGCCGAGUUCAGGCCCAUAGCCCAGGCUCUGGCCCAGCAGCGGGCACAGGAGGCCGAGAGCCUCCAGGUGGACAUGGGCGAGCUCGAUCGCAGUCGAAGGAGAGAGGAGAGGCGGAAACGGUAUGAGUCUGUGACGAGCUCGGAGCAGACGUCGGUGACGGAUGGAGGGAGAACGGACUCUGAUCUCAGAGAGGGAGUUGAACAUUCAGACUCAUUAGGACCCGCCUCUUUGGAAAGGCAGCAGAGGGUAGAGGAGGUGAUUGAAGAGCACUGGCGACAGGUUGAGAAGACGCCCAUCCGAGAGGAGAGGAGGGUGCCUCUUCCCGCCACGGUUCAGUCCAGGGAAACGGUGGAGCUGGAGCAGCUACUGGAGAGUUACAAGCAGGGGAUCGAGGACCUGAAGGCUCAGUUGGAAAGCUGCCACCAGCAGCUGCUCGACUCAAACAAGCACAAGCAGGAGCUGGAGCUCCAGCUGAGGAUGGCUCUGGAGAGGGAGCAGGAAAUCCCCGCAGGUUACAUCUCUCCGCUGGAGCACCCUUUGGGUCUGGAGGCCGAUGUGAUGCCCCAGACGAAGAGGCUCGAACUGGUUAGUUCUCAAGCACAGAGCUUAACAAAGAAGUACCAGGAGACCAAAGAGCUCCUGAAGCUGCAAGAGCUGAAAAAGCGCAAUAUGCAGGCACAGCUUGGCCUCACGCUUUCUCACCUCCCCAUCAAGGAAGCUAACUUUUCUGAGCCCCAAACAACGUCCACACCAGAAGGUCCUCCCCCUGAAACUGUCCAGAAAGCAGUGAGCUUCUUGCUACGGGACAGCACUGAGGCCAUUCAAGAACUAGAAGACCUUGUAACUGGUAAAACUCUGACUCUGAAGGAGUUGGGAAGAGUGGUAAAAUUCCAUAGCAUCAAUCAAGAAACCACAGGAAAGCAUGAGCUUCAGAAGCUCUUGGAGAGUUGGAAGUCCCAGCAGGAAAUAGAAAAUGAAAUGAUUAAAAAGAGUUUAGCCAGAGCAGGAGAGACCAUACGAGAAUAUGAAGCCCGUCUUCUAACCAUGGAGGACAUUAUGGGAAGAGUUCAGAAGCAAAGUUUUGAAAGCCUAAAGAGCCCCUACGGUCCCCUGUCCAAAAUCGAAAACCCCUCUGAGACGAGCGACAUGACGAUUGGACUGCUCUCUCAGAGGGUUGAACUUUUAACAGGUGAAAAUAGUGCCCUAAAACAACGAUGUCAGGAGAUAAUAAAUCAGCUGACGGAGGCCGACAGAGAAAUAGACAGACUGAAAGCCGAACUCAUCAGCCAGCAGGGCGGCAAACAGCAUCAUCUCGUCGUUGAGGAGCUGAAAAGACUGAAGACGGAGCUGGCUGAAAACCAAGCUAAUGCCAUCGACCGGGAGUAUUAUGAGAGAGAACUGAACGAGAAGUCUUUGAGACUUCAUGAAGCUCUAGUUACCCUGGAGGAACUCGGCAGCACCCUUAAAGACACUGAGAAGAAGUUACAAUUAAAGGAGGCCACGCUCAUAGGUCUGGGCUUCCAGGCCGACUAUGAGGACGAGGAACUGCACCCGGAGAAGGAACAGCUCAGAGAGCUGCUUGAGGCUUCAGAAGCUAAGGUUCUGGAAGCUGAGGCCAACGUUCAGUCUGCAGAGAAACGCUGUAGGGAGCUAGAAGCCAGGAACAACCAACUAGUUGCACUGAGUCAGGAAAUCGAGAAAGCCGGCAGGGAAAAGUUAGCAGAAGCAGAAAAUGAAUCAAGGAUGCUUCGAGAGAGGUUAGAAAUUAAGUUGGGUAAAGAUGGACAGGAUGAUGAUGCAGGAGAGAAGCAGGUCGACGAUAAAGGACUUCUAAAGCAAGUAGUAGAUAUGUUUGAGAUGAGGUCUGAAGCUAUAAAUAAGGUUUUAGUAAUGUUAGCAAAGGUAGAUGUUGAUGUAGAGAGGAUGCUCUGUAGUUUAAGAAGCACUUUAUUUGAUUCUUUGAAAGAACAGCCAGUUUUCAUGAGUGGAAAAGACAUGAGGUUGGUGUUAGAGUGGGAGUUCUGGAGCCAGAUAGCUGAAACAAAACCUUACGAAAGCAGACAAAACUGUGAACCAGAGCUGGUGGAGCAGGUAUUAGCUCAGAAAAACCUGCUGCUCUUGAAUAGGAAGGUGUGUUCGCAGGCAGAAACUGAGACGGACAUAGUCACAGAUUUUACAUCAAUGUACAGCUGGCUCGACGACAACACCAAUGCCCUUAUUUUUAAACAGUUGAGAGAAACCUUGGAGGUGAAGGCACAUGACUUGAAGCAAAUUGCUUCUAGUCUGAAGCUGAAUAAAGAUGAGGAGCUCUUGUCUUUAGCUCGAGCCAGAGCUGGGGUUGGGCCAGAACACUAUCUGCUUGAAUCUCUUAAAGAAGCGUUCACAGCUUAUGUGAUGAUUAGACUGAAAGCUCAGCAUGAGAAGGAGCUAAAGCAGAAUCAGACAGACGUUCAGACAGGCAGCUUGAAGUGUCUCAAUUGCCCUAAAUUGAGAGAAUUUGCCAGUGAGCUCCAGUCCAAACUGGAAGAGCUCCAGAAUCAACUGUCUAAAGCCUGUUUGAUGGAAGUGGAUUCUACAGAACUGGUAGCCAGGCACAAGAAGGAGCUACAAGAUGUCAAAGAUGGCUAUGAGCAGGAUGCAGAAAAGUUGAGGCAGGAAGUCGCAAAAGCCAAUGAUAUGAUGCGCCUUUGUUCAGAAGAAAAUGUUAAAGAGAUCGAAUCGUUGAUGAGCUGCAUGGAGAACCUGAAGAAGCAGCACGAGAUGGAGAGGAGAGACCUCGUGGAGAGGUUUGACCGGGAAAUGGAAGAGCUGAGAAGCAUGAUGAGUCCGGCAAACCCAGACAGGAACGCCAGAGACGAGCAAGCCCCGUCGCAUCCUUCCUCCGCCCAGACGCCGACCCUGAGGGAGCGCAUUCAGGAGCUGCUCACCCAAGUCUCGGUCAUGACCGAAGAGAUGAGGCGGCGCCAAGAGCUGGGUGACGUAACCACUCUGCGGCUGAAAUACGAGAGAGACCUGGAAAACCUGAAGGCCACCUGUGAGCGGGGCUUCGCCGCCAUGGAGGAGUCCCAUCAGAAGGUGAUUGAUGAGCUGCAGAGAAAACACCAGAGAGAGCUGGAGAACCUGCAAGAGGAGAAGGAGAGGCUCCUGGCGGAGGAGACGGCAGCCACCAUCGCAGCUAUCGAAGCGAUGAAAAACGCUCACCGGACAGAGCUGGAGAAGGAGCUGGACAAGGUUCGCAAGGCCAACAGCAGCGCAGAGAAUGCCGAUAUGGACGAGAUCCGAAGACAGCACGAGGAGGAGCUGUGUUCCUUCCAGCGGGAGAUUGAGGUGCUGUCGGAGCAGUAUUCCCAGAAGUGCCUGGAAAACGCCCACCUGGCUCAGGCACUAGAGGCCGAGAGGCAGGCCCUCAGGCAGUGUCAGAGAGAGAACCAGGAGCUCAAUGCACACAACCAGGAGCUGAACAACCGUCUGGCAGCAGAAAUUACAAAGAUGCGCUCCAUGACAUCUGAGGAAGGAUUGGGAGACACAAACACCACGAUACAAGGAAAGGAGCUGUAUGAGUUAGAGGUGAUGUUAAGGGUGAAGGAGUCUGAAGUUCAGUACCUGAAGCAGGAAAUCAACUCCCUCAAAGACGAACUCCAGGCCGCCCAAAGAGACAAGAAGUAUGCAACAGAUAAGUACAAGGACAUCUACACGGAGCUGAGCAUUGUCAAGGCCAAAGCGGAGCGGGAUCUUGGCCGGCUCAAAGACCAGCUGCAGCUGGCUCACGAGGCUCUCGGCGAGCCGUCGCCGGAGGACGUGGAGCGAGGAGGAUACGAUAUCAUGAAGUCCAAAAGUAACCCCGACAUCCUGAAGAUGGCGGCUGCUGCAGCCAAACGCUCUGAGCGCAACCUGAGGUCGAAGUCUGUGAAUCGUGACAUGCCAUGGGACAGUUAGGGCAGCUGAGGCCUCCUGUCCAUUCUCCUUUAGAGUCUGAAGGAAGGGCUGACGGCGGAGCAGAGGCUCCACCUGUUUGAAAAUAAAGACACUAAGGAGUUCUGACAGCGACGCACCACGUCUGCCUACCUUGCUGCAUGUUUAGAAGCCCACUAUAUUUUAACUCUAAUGACUUAUUUAGUUAUACUACACACUGGUCACCAAACACGGAUCAUAUGUUAAAGAAAAACACGGUAUGAAGUUUUCAUGUCUAGAGUUUGCAUCCAUGCACUUCAGUUAACUGUGACAUUUUGUAUUGUUUUUUUCUGCUAUGUCUUAUUGUAAAUACUGUUUUUAAAAUGAGCAUCUGUCCUGCGUACACUAAACUAUGACUGUGUAAGCUACUGUUUUAACUCUAGACUGUUGCUAGCCAAAGACCUGAAUGUAACGUUCAAUGGCUAAACGCUAAAUACUGACAAGUUACACUUGCAUAAGAGAAACCAUAGGAAUUAGUCCGGCGUUGAGGCUGCACGUCAUCGCUCCGCUACACUUACGACAGCACCGAUGGAGGCGUCGCUCCGUACACAACGAAAAGUGCUCGUCUGCGUUAGAAAACAUGCACCCGCCCACUUCGCUUCACCGCCCGGCUUCUAGAUGACCAAGUCCCUCAUAAAACUCUGAUUCCCCCUCUAAAGGUAACGGCUGAAUGCAGAUGGAUGCGUUCACUGACUAUAAUUUAAAUAUAUAAAUGAAAGCUAUAGUUUUUGUUUUUUUUCUCGCUGCAGUGUUUGGUCCAGCUGUAUAGGAGUCAUUCAGGUUAUGUUUGUAGUCUUGUUCAGUGGCAGUCCCUUUGUAUUUAUUUAAACGGUUGGGAUUUUUCUUUAACAUUCCCAUUCCUCUGUACUCUAUUAUUGUAAAUAUAAAGCAAAUAUACACCAACUGACUACAGGUUUAUUAGCAAUAAAUAUUUUUGCACCCUU